CGACGCUCAAUAUUGCCGAACUCUUCGCUGGUUGAGGAUCAAAGCAAUCUGGUCGUACCGUGCCGUUUUUCCUUAGUGUCUACUCAGUGUUCGUCCGUUUCUUGUGAAUCUCCCCCCUAGUGACGUCAUGGAUUUCUACUAUCUUCCCGGAUCUGCCCCGUGCCGUGCCGUACAGAUGACGGCUGCCGCUGUUGGUGUCGAGCUGAACCUGAAGCUCACCAACCUGAUGGCUGGGGAGCACAUGAAGCCGGAAUUCCUGAAGCUCAACCCACAGCACUGCAUUCCAACGCUGGUCGAUGAGGACGGGUUCGUGCUGUGGGAGUCACGCGCCAUCCAGAUCUACCUCGUAGAGAAGUAUUGCGCCCACGAUGAAGCCCUUGCCGAACAGUUGUACCCUCGAGAUGCACGUCGGCGAGCCCUCGUCCACCAGCGAUUAUUCUUCGAUGUGGCCGUACUGUAUCAGCGCUUUGCCGAGUACUAUUACCCGCAGAUCUUUGGCCGGAAGGUGGCUGGUGAUCCGGACCGGUUGAGAGCGAUGGAGCAAGCGCUCGAGUUUCUGAACACCUUCCUUGAGGGUGAACGGUUUGUGGCCGGUGGGGAUGAUCCGACGAUCGCGGAUUUCAGCAUUCUGGCCUCGAUCGCGACGUUCGCUGCGGCCGGAUACGAUCUGCGUCGGUAUGAGAACGUCCAUCGGUGGUAUGAAGGAACGAAGGGGAUCGUUCCGGCUGCUGAUAAAAAUGCGGAGGGUGCCAAGAUCUUUGGGCUUUAUUUCAAACAGAAGUAACCUGAUGUUUGCCUCGAAUUUUGAGCUGGUAUUUCACAACUGAAGUCACCACCACUUUCGAUCCUGUUUAUUUCUUGUUAGCUCUAUCUAGUUCUAUAGCAGCGUCACUCCGUCUCGUAUAGGCUUUAUCGCAUUUUAUGUUUUUGUUUUGCGCAAGCUGCAUUUCCCUACAGAAGAAAAAAAACCUAA